AGUCUUGGUAUAGACAGCCGCUUAGACGCUCGCGCAACUCUAAAAAGUAUUUUUAAUUUUUGUUAUUAAAACUUUUUCCUGAGUGAUAGGAAGAGGCGCGUUAUUUUUCUUUUAUUUUUAAUUUACAAUAUUCCAAUUUUGAAUUGAAAUAUUCUUUAUUUGUGAAUUAAGUGUUACUAUGAUGUAAAUGAUUAAAGAAACUAUAAUCGGUUAAGACGUUUAAAGUGUUUCAUUGCUUUUUUUCAUAAAUAUAAAAGACAAUUUGACAUUAUUAUAAUGGAAAGUCAAGAUCUCACCGACGUAAGACAAGACGACAGGAUGGAAGUAAACAAAAUUAUUGGCCUUACACCGAUGUUUGUACUAAUAGUCAUUAUAAUAUUGCGAGUCUCGUGGGUGCUGUACAGAAGCGCUAUAGGGCAGAAGACGCGCAGCUCGCAACAGAGACGAGUGUGUGUGGGAGCACGGACGCGGCAGCUCUCAGUCCAGGAACCUUCCAUCUAUGUGAGCCCCGCCAACCUGUCGCCCCCACCCAAAUAUGAAGCGAUGGCUCCACCGAGUUACGAAGAAGUAGUGGGUGUCCACUAUCCCGGCUACCAGUCACAGCCGAUAACACAACCAAUCACACACGCGUUAUCAUCACAGAGCACGUCCAGUGCGGAGCCUAACGCCACAGCAUCAAGCACAGCGCCCCCACCCGCAGUCAUCACAGUCACCACCGAGCAGAGGCGGACCUCUGCCGAUGUUAGAUCAUGAUUUCCCGAUAGUAUAAGUUAAAAGUAACGUUAAAAUCUCCUACUCAAAUGUAAAGGCAAUAUUUUACAUAUUGCUAUGGUUUGAAAACGCCUUCAAGAAAUAUAAAGCAAAGAUGGUAACAUACACGUUAUUCAACACAUUAUAUGUUUUCAGGUGCAGCAUAGUCUUUUUCAGCUUUAUUAUGACUUUGAUUAGGGAAAGUGUAAAAAUGUCAAAUGCAUGGAUUUAACUUAAAUGUCCUUCCAUUUAAGAGGGAACGCUUGCUUCAAUAUAAUAAACCGGUUGCAGACAUCGAAAUCAAAACAACCAUAAUAUAGUUCAAUAUUUUUUUGUUUCUUUAUACACCAAUAUUAUCAAUAAAUCAGAAUUUCAAAUGUUAAAAAAACGUUACUUUUGCCUUAACACGAAGAAAAUUUAAUUGCAUUUUUAUUAGAGUUGUGUAAGGUAGGUACUUGGUGCUUAAAAAUAUUAUAGGUUAUUUAUUAUUUAUUCACUACAUAUACCACAAUAAUACUAUUAUUACAUUAUACAACUCUGCUAAAAACGCAAAUCAAAUCAAAAUCGUUUAUUCAGUUACAUAGUACUUGUGAAAGUCGAAAGCUACGCCAACGGUUCGCAAAACUACGGCGGGAGGCCUUGUACUAAGAAGAACCGGCAAGAAACUCAGCAAGGGCUGCUUUUUCUCCCUGUUUUAUUUCACACAGACAAGUCUCGUUAGAAAGUGACUAAAUUAAGCUAUGAAGUCACAUACCAUUACAAUAUCAGAAAUAACAAGACAAAUAAUUUCGAUUUGUGAUCAAUAUGCCAGUUGCCGAGUCGUACAUACUCAUUAACAAAUCAAUAUUCCAUUUCAUAAUUUUUUUCUCUGAGAGAUGUUCGUGAGCCUAAUUGAUAGAUAGCUAUUAUUGCUAUUUAUAUAUUCAGUCGAUAUUCAGUCUAUAUAAAUAUAUAGACUGAAUAUCGGCUGCCGUUCCCCACAAUAUAAUACCAUAAGACAUGAUACUGUGUAAAUAACUAAAGUACACUGUCCGGGCAGUUCCUACAUCAGAGAUUUGUCUUAUUUUUCGUAUGGCAUAUGCAGCCGAGCUAAGUUGACAGUUUUGAGUCUAGUUUUAUGCCCAAAAAUUUUGUUGAACUUACUACCUCUAAAUGUUCGUUGUUGAGUUUAAUUUCAGCUGGUUCUACUGUUACAAUAGGAAACGCAAUCGCAAUUGUAAUAAUGUCUUCCAUACAAACGAAAGCACCCUAGUCGUCAGAUAAUUGUAUGAUAGUCAUCAUACCAUAGUUGUACCAGUGUACUUGAUAGUUGAGACUCAUCUAUGUCUUUUAUAUGUAAUGGUACUAUAAUAUACUGUACUGUAAAGGCUUGUAUAAAUGACUUUGUUAUAAAUUUUAUUGUUCAAAUCAUAUUUGAAAAUUCCACAGAGUUCAAUGAAAUAUUUCAAUAAUACCAUUCAAGAAUGUUAUUGAAUUAAUCAUUAAAAUAUAAAUAAUAAUUUAGUAUCAAUGAUCACCAAGUAAAAUUUGCAAAUUAUAUAUAUUAAAUCGCUGUGUAAUUAAUGAUUUUUUUAUAGUAUUUUAAUAGCCGUUAUAUACAAAUUAGUGUAUAAUAUUUAGCGGUAGGAUGUGAAGCUUGUAAUAUUUCUAACUGUAGAAAUAUAAAACGAUUAAUUUUUUAUUAAAAUUGUCACAGUCUGACAAUGUGCAAUGCCCAAUUGUGAUAAGAAAUAGUUCAUAAAAGUAUACUUACAUACUUAUUUAAUAUUAGCAUAAUUGACAAAAAAACUAAUAUUUUCUGCCUUAAACAAAGGCAAAAAGUGCAUAAGUACCUUAAAUAUAAACUAAAUGCAUUUAUAGGAAAAGAAAAAAUCUUACCUAAAUAUAAUCUGAGGACGCGUUUUGGAUUAUAUUUUUGUGAUGAAAAAAAAAACAGAUUUGUUGUAAGUUAGAUCGGCGGCUGCCUGCAUCAAAUGCAUUAGCGUUCGCGUCACAUGUCGGUGAUAUUUGUGUAUAUUUUGUAUAAAGUCUAUAAAAAACAAAUUAUAUGUUAACAUUUGUUAAGC